AUGCCCCCUCCCGCGCUCGAGGAGUACCAAAUCGGCUGGAUAUGUGCCCUUCCUGUCGAGGCCGCCGCUGCUCAUGAGAUGCUUGACGAAACUUUUGGAUCACUUGAAGAGCAGGAUAAUGCGGACACCAAUAUCUAUACUUUAGGCCGCAUUGGGAAGCAUUACAUUGUGAUUGCGUGCUUGGGAGCGCCCUACGGUACAACUUCAGCUACAACCGUGGCUAAUCACAUGAUGCGAACGUUUUCCCAGUCGCUACGUAUUGGAUUAAUGGUGGGCAUUGGAGGAGGAAUUCCUUCUGCUACACAGGAUAUACGACUUGGUGACGUCGUGAUCAGUUAUCCUACAGGCAGUUGCGGUGGCGUACUUCAGCAUGACAUGGGGAAGAUCAAUGAAAAUGGGAAACGUACCCGCACCAGUUCAUUAAAUAGCCCACCCAGGUUGUUGUUGGCUGCAGUCAACCAAAUGAGAGCAGCGGCUCUGCGAGACGACCCGCUCUACUUGUCAUACAUCCAACAAGCAGUGCAAAGGACCACACGAACCCGACAAAAUUUCGGUCGACCGGAUCCGCAACAUGAUCGACUCUUUCAAAUCCAGUACGAGCAUCUGUCAGACUCGGCUACUUGUGAUGAUUGUUCGGUUGAGUGGGAGGUGCCAAGAGGUAAACGUCAGGAUAACGACCCACAACUACAUUAUGGCAUUAUUGCGUCGGGAAACACUGUUAUAAGGCAUAGCGGGGUACGGGAGCAGCUUAGGAAAGAAACGGGUGCCCUGUGCUUCGAGAUGGAAGCUGCAGGUCUGAUGCAGGACUUCCCGUGUAUAGUUAUCCGGGGAAUCUGCGACUACGCUGACUCGCAUAAAAAUAAGCAGUGGCAAGGAUGUGCAGCAUUGGUGGCUGCAUCUUACACAAAAGAGUUGCUAAGUUACAUCCCCCGUGGGCAGGUGUCACAGGAGAAGCUGGCGAAGGAGAUCUGUUAG